AUGCAGCUGCGAGAUCAGGUGUACCUUGAGGCGAGUAUUAACUAUGAGACGAAGUGGUCGCAACACUUUUCCUGGCUGGUGUUUGGGAAGACCAAGGACGGUUUUCCAUACGUGAAGUGCUCCAUCUGCAUGUCGUACGCGAAGGGGAACACGAGGUACGCCAUGCAAAGUGACGACGGUGGCCGUGACUUGCAGACGCAGUCGUUCAGGGCGCACGAGCAUACGGACGCACACAAGGCGGCGGUGGAUCGGCAGUUGAAGCUUGCGGCGGGCAUCCGCGAGGGCCAGCAGGCGAUUUUUGACUUCAUCAACUCCGACGUCGAGGGGCGGCGCGCGAUUCGUCACAUGCGGUCUACGCAUGAGGCGUUGGCUGUGAAGGACGCCGCUGAGUCAAACGAGGACCUUGGCAUGGUUGACAAGGUGGUGCGCACAGUGGCGACGCUUCUCGGAAACUCAAGCGUGUGGAGUCAGCGCUUCAAGUACCUUCAGCGAGUGAUCUACCAGACAAACCUCGAGGUCCAAGGAAUCCACACGGUUCGAUGGCUGUCACGAGGUGAUGCGGUGCGAAGGCUGUGCAAGGUCCUCGGCGCUUGCAUCGUGCUGCUCUGGGAGCACAACCACAAGGCCUACGAGAUUGUGACGUGCUACAAGUUCCAGUUCUGUUUGUUUUUCCUGGCCGACAUUCUGGCCGACAUGAACGACCUCAACCGCUGCUUCCAGAGGCGUGAGCUGGAUGUGACUGAGAUUUCGAAGACUAUUGAGUCCACCACGGGUGACCUGACGGAGCGCUACUUGACGACAAACAAACCGUUCGGGGGCGAGGGGAAGAGCUGGCUGUUAAACUUCCUCAAGGUCCACAAGGAGGGUGGAGGCAAGCAGGUCCGGGUUCGAGGCGUGGACGGAGAGGGACGCCCAAUCAACAACCUCUACACCAUGCAUGAGAGGAAGCUGAAGGGCCACAAGCAGGGAAGCACCUACGCAGACUGCGUGAAGCUGUGCCGCCAAUUUGCCCGCGACUGCGUGGACAACCUGAACGAACGGCUGGAUGACCUUGGGAAGCUGGGCCCGACGAAGCUGUUCCGGGCGGGGAAGUGGCCGAAGAUCAAGGCCCAGCGAGAGAAGAAGUGCAAGGAGUGGCUGCACGGAUGCAGCAGGCUCUUCCGCCACAAGCUGCCGGGAUUCGACCUCAAAGCAGCAGAGAGGGAGCUCCCGACAUUCUGCGCGAUCAUGGAGUCACACCAUGAGAUGGAGAGCUUCGCCCAGGGCCUUAACAACUUUCUUGGGAGCGUAAACUCAAUGAGCCUGAAGCUGGCCGUGGCAGAGAGGGAGAGGAAGGGGAAGCAGAAGGAGGGUGAAGCUGUGGCUGCUGGAACUGCGGGGGAGAACGAGGACGAGGAGGAGGAGGAGGAGGAGGAGGAGGAGGACGAUGAAGUGGAACAGGACUUGGCCGACGAUCAGGAGGUCGUGGAAGAGGAGGACAACCCUUACCUGUCAGACGAUGAGGACGUAGAGGAGAUAUCGCUCCUGAAGUACGAGAUCGAAUGGCCGGAGGCACUGGAGGUGUGGAGGUCCAUGCGGAGGAGGCGCCCUGUGAAGAGCCUGAAGCUGGCCGUGGCAGAGAGGGAGAGGAAGGGGAAGCAGAAGGAGGGUGAAGCUGUGGCUGCUCGAACUGCGGGGGAGAACGAGGACGAGGAGGAGGAGGAGGAGGACGAUGAAGUGGAACAGGACUUGGCCGACGAUCAGGAGGUCGUGGAAGAGGAGGACAACCCUUACCUGUCAGACGAUGAGGACGUAGAGGAGGUGUACUUCAUUGACAAACCCGUGCAGUAG